AUGAAUAUCACUAAACUGAAAGACCUUUUGGAAUUAGUAGCUUUAUCAAGAACCAGUUUUAUUACCAAAAAUUAUCCAGUAGCACCUGUGGGUGCCAAGGGUACAUUUGGAGGCACUUUAGUGGCACAAUCUUUAUUAUCCUCAUUAAACACUGUACCUAAAGAUUUUAUUCCAAUAUCAUUGCACUGUUAUUUCAUAUAUGGCGGGAAUCCAAAUGAAAUGAUUCAAUAUGAUGUCAAAAGUUUGAGAAAUGGAAGAAACUUCAUUCAUAAACAGGUUGAUGCUUACCAAUUUAACAAAUUAAUAUUUUCGUCAAUGAUAUUAUUUUCUAGAGAUAAAAAUCCGAAAACGACCAUUGAGCAUCGUACUGAUGGUGAUAAUGAUAAUGAUGAUGACAAAGUUAAAUAUCAUAAAACAGUUAGUCAUAGAGUAACAAAUAAAAGACAAUUUCAAAAAGCCAGUGAAUUGUUUAAAAAAGAUAUUCUCAAUAAUGAAAUCAAUUUAAAAAAAUUCCAAAGAUUGAAUCAAAGGUUCAAUGACCCAACUUAUUUGAAAAAAGUUCAUGAAUCAUUUGAGAUGCAUCCAUUAGAAUAUAAGUUCCCAUUAGACAUAUUCAAACCUGAUAGGAAAGAAUAUUCUAAAUGCUUAGAAUAUUUUGUUAGAGUAAGAGAGGAUUCUAUAAAAAUUCCACCAUCUCCUAACCUACAUGUACAAGACCAUCCAGAAAAUGAACUAAUAACUCCCGAGAAUGACCCAAGAUACAAUUAUGUUGCAUUUGCAUACCUAUCAGACUCAUAUUUGCUACUGACCUUACCGUAUUUCCAUGGAUUACCAAUGUAUUCGCAUACAUUCAGUGUAUCCUUAGAUCACACAAUAUAUUUCCAUCAUUUACCAAAAGUCAAUGAUUGGUUAAGAUUGCAGUUACACAAUAUAAGAUCGGUAUCUGACCGCCAUUUAAUUCAAUGUGAACAUUAUGAUGCUCAAAGUGGCCAAAUUGUGGCGUCUGUCUCACAAGAGGGACUUGUUAUUUAUCCACCAGUGUCACAUAUUAAAGCACGUUUAUAA